CAGUCUCCAUGGAUGGGGCCAAUGUAAACUGGAAGUUUUUGGAGUUGCUUCAAGAAGAACUGCGUGAGCAGUAUGAGGGGAGACAGCUGAUUGUGGUUGGGAGCUGUGGCCUUCACACUCUACAUAAUGCCUGCAAAAGUGGUUUCUCUGUGUGGCAGCUAGAGAAAGUUUUGAAAGCCAUGCAUGUUCUCUUCCAUAAUGUGCCAGCUAGGAGAGAGGACUUCAUAACUUUGACAGCUUCUGCAAAGUUUCCACUUGCAAUCUGUAGCCACCGAUGGCUUGAAAACUUACCAGUAGCAGAGAGAGCCUUGGAGAUGUGGGCAUCUUUGACCAUGUACCUGGAUGCAGUCAGAACGAGGAAGCUACCAAAUCCAGGAACUGCAUCUUUUGACACACUUGAAACUGCUCAGAAAGACCCCCUUAUCCUUGCAAAGCUACAUUUCUACAUUGCUGUUACCAGGACUUUCGCUCCUUUCUUGACAAGAUAUCAAACUGAUGAACCAGUGAUGCCAUUCUUGGCCACAGACUUGGCAGAGUUGAUGAAGAGUGUGCUAAGGCGUUUUGUCAAGAGAGAAAUCCUGAAGGAUAUCAGUCCACUGCAGCUGGUCAAACUGGAUGUUGGUGACAAGAAUAACUGGGUCCCCCUGCAAGAUGUCACCCUAGGUUUGGGUGCAGAGUCAGUUCUUAAGGAACUUCAGCAACAAAAAAAGAUAGGGGAGCUUACUGUCCUGGAGUUCAGGAAAGACUGCAUCAAGAUGCUGUCCACCAUCAUUCAGAAAGUGCAAGACAAGAGUCCAUUAAAGUACCCCCCUGUUAGGCAAGUUGCCUGUUUGGAUCCCAGGAGGAUGUAUUCUGACCCAGACUGGUGCCAGAAAAACAUGACUAACCUGGUGCAGAGGUUUCUGCAAAACCAGCAGUUAUCAGGAGGUGUCUCUGCUGGUAGGAGAGAAUACAGCAGUUCAGUUUGUUUAUGUAAAAAUACAUGAAGAAAAUUAAUUUUG